AUGGAUAUGAAAUUCAUUCGAGCAAGUGACCUGGCCGCCAUGUCGUCAUCUAGCUCCGAGCUCAUUAUGGCCUCUGUGGCCUUUGUGGUCGGCCUUCUGUCACACCAGAUCUUCAAGCGCAAUGAGCCCAGUGCUUAUGGAUGUUUCGGUUAUAUCGUUGGCACCAACGUGGCAAUGGCCAUUCUCUCUAAAGCAUUAGGGAUUCGCACUACAACUGGCCUAGUUCAAGUGGCGAUCAUCGAUUUAGGGAUCUACAUCGCCACCAUCCUGACCAGUAUGACUUUGUACCGGGUCUUUUUCCAUCCUCUAAACCGCUUCCCCGGCCCUCUGUUUUGCAAGAUCACUCGAUUUGUGGCGACUUACCAUGCGUUGCAAAGAGACACCCACGUUUGGUUACACGAUCUUCAUGAAAAGUAUGGUGAUGUAGUGCGAGUAUCCCCGAACGAGUUGUCCUACAAAUCCGUCACCGCUGUGGACGCAGUCCAUGGCUCAAAGGCGGGAAAUGUGGCUCGAGGUCCUUUCUACGGGGGCGACCCCAAUCGGCCUGCCAAUUCCAUGCUUUCAACGCAAAGCCUCGACGAACACCGAUGGCGGCGCAAAAUUUGGGAGCGAGGAUUUGGAACACUCCAGCUGAAAGCGUACGAAUCCAGGGUGGUUCGUCACCUUGAUGUCCUUGUAUCGCAGUUGAGGAAACGCGAGGGAGCCAUUGUGAACAUGACGGAGUGGUGCGAGUUCUUUGCGUACGAUGUGAUGAGCGAUCUUGGCUUCAGUGAAGAAUUUGGCAUGUUGAAAGCCGGCAAACCGCAUCGGUACGUCAGCGCUUUGCACGGUAACGCCAGGAUCAUCUUCACUGUGGCACAAACGCCAUGGAUGCGGCCACUCCUAUGGCUUUUCCCAGUAGACGCGCAAUCGAAGAAAGACGGCCGAGACUUCAGGAAGAUUGGAAUAGAAACUUAUCACCGCCGAAAAGCUAGGGGAGACGUCAAACAGCAGGAUAUGUUCGAAACGAUCGCAAAUAAUCCGGACAGCAUAGGACCACGGCCAUUGACUGAAGCAGAGAUCAUGGCAGAUGCGUCAUUGAUAAUCAUGGCUGGAUCGACGUCCACGGCUCUGUGCAUUACAUUUGUUUUUUGGUAUCUUUGUCAACAUCGGGCCAUAUAUGGAAAGCUUCAGAGAGAGAUCGACCGAAACUGGGAUGGAGUUUCACCGUUAGCGGUGUCACAGAUUGGCCCUGGUCCUGCGCCGUACCUCAACGCUGUCAUUGAAGAGACUCUGCGUAUUUGGCCUCCUGCGCCGGGAGGCACACAAAGACGGAGCCCUGAUGGUGGCAUGGUAGUAGAUGGGGAAUAUGUGCCUAAGGGUACGCAGGUCAGCGUCUGCCCCAUAGCAAUCCAGAGAGACGAGAGGUACUUCUCGAAUCCUCUUGAAUUCAUCCCCGAGCGGUGGGUAGAUGACAUGCGGCCACCGGAUUUUGUUCAUCAGCCAAGGGCUUUUAUCCCCUUUACUGUGGGACAAUACACCUGCUUGGGGAAGAACCUGGCGUACCAAGAGAUCAGACUGUUCGUGGCCAAGGUCAUGCGCAACUUGGAUUUCCAUUUUCCUCCGGGUUACAACCCGGCGGAGUUUGAGAAGACGGUCGCGUUCAAAGGAACAUUGCUGAUCGGUGAGCUCCCUGUUAUUUUCACAUCGCGAAAAGAUUAA